AACACCAUGUUUUUUUAUGAUCAAGAUUGACUUUUAAACAUUCGUGUUGGAUCAGGAAGAAACCCAGAUCAGGUGGAAGAGGAAAGAAGAGGAAUCAGUAAUGGCUAUUGCUCAGGGACAAUUGACAUUCAGAGAUGUGGCCAUAGAGUUCUCUCAGGAGGAGUGGCAGUGCCUGGACUCUGCUCAGAGAGCUUUGUACAGGGCCGUGAUGUUGGAGAACUACAGGAACCUGGUCUCCCUGGGACUCUUGCUUCCUGACCUGACUGUUCUCUCCAUGUUGGAGGAAGGGAAAGCGCCCUGGACUGUGGAAACCGAAGUGAAAACACCAAAAAAUUCAAACUGGGAGGAAUGGAUCAGAGGUGUGCACUCAGGUAAGAGCUCAGGGAAGAGCUCUGUGUUGGGAAAAGAUACAAGAUACAAGCCUACUAAAGAUCAACUUGGAUUAUACGUUCAUUCCUAUCUGCCAAUGCAAGAUGAAGAGAAAAUUGAUGUAUGGAAAGAGGUUUCAAAUGCUCUCAACCAUAUUAUCUCAUUUUCUGCACUGGAAAACAUUCCUUCUAAACUCAAAACCCACAUCCAUAAUAAAUAUAAAAGCAGUUUUGGAAAUUCUGCAGUAGUUGCACAAGAACUGAACAAACAGAUUAGGGAAGAACUUUACAGUUAUAAUGAGCAUGUUGGAGCCCUUAAAGUGUCUUCAAGCUCUCCUAACCAUGGGAAAAAUCAUACUAGAAUGAAACUUCUGUCCCUCAAUGAAUCCCCAACAAUUAAAAACAAAAAGAAACCUGCAAAACGUGAAGAGUGUGGCAAGACCUUCAGGCACAAUUCAGACGUUGUACGUCAUCGGAGCAUCCAUACUGAAGAGAAACCUUACAAAUGCAAUGAUUGUAGCAAACUCUUCAGGCUAAAGCAAUUCCUAAUUCAACAUGAGAAAAUUCAUACUGGGGAGAAAUCUUUUAAGUGUGAUGAGUGUGGAAAACUCUUCAGGCGAAAUGAGCACCUAAUUCGACAUCAGGUAAUUCAUACUGGGGAGAAACAUUUCAGAUGUGAUGACUGUGGGAAACUCUUCACACGAAAGGAGAGCCUAAUUCGACAUCGUAUAGUUCACACUGGGGAGAAACCUUACAAAUGCAAUGAGUGUGGCAAGGUCUUUUCUCAACAAUCAAGCCUUACAGCUCAUCACACAAUCCAUACAGGAGAGAAACCUUACCAGUGUAAUGAAUGUGACAAGGCAUUCAGACUGAAGACAAACCUUACAUUUCAUGAGAAAAUACAUACUGGAGAGAAACCUUAUAAAUGUAAUGAAUGUGACAAGGCCUUUUGUCAGAAGAUAUCUCUUACACUUCAUCAGAAUACACACACAGGAGAGAAACCUUAUAAAUGUAAUGAAUGUGACAAGGUCUUUUGUCAGAAGAUAUCUCUUACACUUCAUCAGAAUACACACACAGAAGAGAAACCUUACAAAUGUAAUGAAUGUGACAAGACCUUUAGACAGAAGAUAGCCCUUACAGAUCAUCAGAAUACACAUACUGGAGAGAAACCUUAUGAAUGUAAUCAAUGUGACAUGGCCUUCACACACAAGAAAUCCCUUACACUCCAUCAGAGGACACAUACUGGAGAGAAACCUUUCAAAUGUAAUCAAUGUGACAAGGCCUUCAUACAUAAAGCAUCCCUUACACUUCAUCAGAAAACACACACUGGAGAGAAACCUUACAAGUGUAAUCAGUGUGACAAGGCCUUCUUUCGGAGGAUAUCCCUUGCAAUUCAUUUGGAAACGCACACUGGAGAGAAAACUUACAAAUGUAAUGAAUGUGGCAAAGCCUACAUUCAUAUUUCAAAUCUUACUCGUCAUCAAAAAAUUCAUACUGGAGAGAAACCUUACAAAUGUCAUGAUUGUGACAAGGCCUUCACACUGAAGGAGUCCCUUACAGUUCAUCAGAAAACACACACUGGAGAGAAACCUUACCAAUGCAGUGAGUGUGACAAGGCCUUCAGACACAAGAUAUUUUUUAUAGCUCAUCAGAAAACACAUACUGGAGAGAAACCUUACAAAUGCAAUGAGUGUGCCAAGGUCUUUACUUGCAAACAGUACCUAAGAAGACAUCAGGGCUUUCAUACUGGAGAGAAAUCUUAACACAUGUAAUCAAUGUGGUAAAGUUUUUAGGUUCAUUUCAGAACUUAUCCAACAUCAGGGCAUUCAUACAGGAGAGAAGCCUUACAGGUGCAAUGAGUGUGACAAGACCUUCAGACAGAAGCUGUCUCUUACAGUUCAUCAGAAAAGACAUACUGGACAGAAAACCUUACAAAUGCAAUGAGUGUGGCAGGGUCUUUAGUAGCAAUUCAAACCUUACACGACAUCAGAGCCUUGAUACUGGAGACAAUCCAUAGAAAUGCAGUGGCUGUGGAAAUAAAUUGGUGUGUGUUCAUAGUUGCAUACACAUCAGGUUAUCUGUAAUGCUAGUAAACCCUGGAAAUGUGAUGAGUGUGGCAAGAUUUUCAGGCACAAAUUGUCCUUAGAGUUGAUCUCAGAAUUCAUAUUGGAGAGAAACUUUGCAAGUGUAAUGAAUGUGCCAAACCCUUCAGACAAAAAAGUCCUUUAAACUUCAUCAUAAAACACAUACUGGAGAGAAACCUGAACAGGGCCUUUCAUCAAAUGAAACUUUGGGCUCCGUGCUUAUAGCUCAACCGGCUAAGGUGCCAGCCAAAUAGACCAGAGCUGGGGGUUUCAAAUCCAGACCAAGCCUGCCAAACAACAAUGACAACUACAACCAAAAAAUA